AUCCUUCCUGCUUUAUUAACUCACGACCACUCGUCACGUGCAUGCGGCCCCGCGCUUCCCUCUGAAAGCGCGCGUUUCUCCGUGUUUCUCACGGACCUGGCAACCUCCGCACCCGGCGUGACGACACGACGCAGACACAGGAGCGAUGGCGGACGAAGUAGAGCAGCAACCGACUACCAACACGGUGGAGGAGCCGCUGGAUCUGAUCCGACUCAGUCUGGACGAGAGGAUCUACGUCAAGAUGAGGAACGACCGGGAGCUCCGCGGGCGCCUGCAUGCUUACGAUCAGCACCUCAACAUGAUCCUGGGCGACGUGGAGGAGACGGUGACCACGGUGGAGAUCGACGAGGAGACCUACGAGGAACUGUACAAGUCCACCAAGAGAAACAUCCCCAUGCUGUUCGUCCGGGGGGACGGCGUCGUCCUCGUAGCUCCGCCCCUCAGGGUGGGCUAAUCCUCAACCACUUCCCGGUGCAAGGGGCAGCUGGGAUGUUUCUACCCUUGGGGGGAGGGGAGGAGGGGGGGUACGCUCCAGCCUCCAUCAGGUUCCUCCUCUGUCAUCAUUCACAAGGAUUUCAAACAUGUCUUCACUCAAAGAAAGGAAGAAACGGGCAACGAGAAGCCUUAUUUCAGUUUUUAUUUGGGCCCGAUGUUGUCGAUGGGUGAUUUGCCCAUCUGAGGUCCGUCUCAGUACCCUCGCUGGUUGUGCCCAGUAGAGUCCUUCAUAAACCCCCCGUGAUCGAGCUUUAUUCUGAAGAAAUCGCUCCAGAUGUGUUUGUGAACUCUCUUUGGGCCCAGAUGUGUCGAGUAUUAAGAGCAGUUUUAUUUUUAAUUCUCAAGUGAAACCUUUUUUUUUUUUUUAUUCGUUUGUAGAUUCUCCGAACUCUCGAUCUGUGAGAACUUGAGACGUUUGAGUUCCUCCGGGACGCUUUUACUUUCUUUUUAUAUAUUAUAUUUUUGUAGUGUCUUGUGGGACUGGAGAGUGCGUCAUGUGAACAUUUUCAACAUUUGGUUUUGGUAACUUGAAUAAAAAAGGUUGUUUGAAAAGAAAA